AUGGCUAACCAAAUUAAAAUUGUACUUUUUAUUGUCAAAUUAAUUCUAAUAAGUACAACGGUAAACUCUUUUAAAUUGAACGUGCCGCGAGUUUUACUACCAAUAUUCAACGAGUUUGCUAUAAAUUUUACUCUAGAAGCUACAGAAGGAGCCUGUUACAAAUGGAGUACAACAAGAAACGAUAUUAUACAAGUUCUUCCUAUAGAUGAACAGCCUGAAUCAAAAUGUUCAAGCAAAGUGCAAAUUAGUGCAGUGACUAAAGAGAAAAUAAGAAAUAUGGCAAUUGUUUUAGCCGAAGAUGUGAGUACAGGGCAAACACUCAGAUGUGAUGUAAUUGUAGACGCCAUACAUGAGUUGCGCAUUAAAACAACGACAAAGGAACUAUUUAUGGAGGAGGCACCUGAAGAUUUUGAAGUUAAAGCUUAUGAUGAUCAAGGUAACGAAUUUUCGUCUCUGGAAGGAAUUGAGUUUGAAUGGACUAUACUUUCCUUGGCAGAAAACAAAGAACCGAUUUUGCAAUAUAUACCUUUCGAAAAUUCUCCUUACAAAGCUCCCGCCGCUAUAGAAUCUUUGGAGAAGCUGUUUAAAAAGGGUAAUAUGGUAUUAUUAGAAGGUGUAAAAAGUGGAACAGUAAAAGUUUCCGUUCGUUUACCACUUGAGGAAUAUCAACAUCUUCCAGUGUGUGAGGUACAACUCAUGGUAGUGGCUAAUAUAAUAAUUGUCCCUUCAGAUGUCUAUAUUAUGGUUGGCGAUACUAUAACUUUUCAAUUUUUCUAUUUAAAAAAUGGUAGAAUGGAAGAAAUAGAUUUAUAUAUAUCUCAGUACCAUCUUAAGGUAGAAAAUGAAGCGGUAGCAACUUGUACAGAGAAACUUGCGUCUGUUACUGGUGUAAAAGUAGGAGAUACCAAGAUUCGACUGCAAGAUGUCAACUUAAGUGAAGAUGAUCAUAUGCUUAAAUUGCCAGAAGCAAAUCUGCAUGUAGUAAAACCAGAUUAUAUGUUAUUAAAUAUUUUACCUCACAAAAAUUGGGCUAUUCUGGUUGCAGAUCAUUACGAAAUUUCAGCUGAACUGUAUACAGCAGAUGAUCACAAAAUAUAUAUUGGAGAAGCCGUUCUAAUUCAGAUAAAUCUUUCCCUAGAUUUUGCUGUAAUUGAAAGAUCUUCUAACGGUAGCUGGCUCUUAGGUUAUGGUAUGAAACCAACAAUAGCCCCAGUGCAAGCAUCGCUGGAGUCUAUAGUCAAUGAUAAAGUAGGAGUUAUUUCACUUGACAAAUCCAUUACCGCUAAAAGUGAUCUAAUGAUAUAUCCCCGAAUAUCUAUUAAUCCAUCAGAAGUUAUGCUACCAUGGGAUUCAGUUAUACGACCAACCUACGAAGUAACUUUAACUGCCACCGGAGGUGAUGGAAGAUUUAUGUGGACAAGCACUAAUAAUUCCAUUGGUAUGGUUAGUCAAUCUGGUCUAGUCAGAACUCUAUCAAAUGGUGUUUUUGAAGUAGCUGCUAUUAUGUUGCGCAACCACUACAAUAGAGCCAACACAAAAAUUUUUAUCUUACCUCCAUCUCGUCUUGAAAUUAUUGAAUUUUUAAUGGAGACAGAAAUUGGUUCUUCGAUUCACUUAUAUAUAGCACUUUAUGCUGAGCAAGAAAAGAAUGGCCAGCUAAUAAAUGUACCUUUUACACAGUGUCAAGAUUUACCAUUUCAAGUUAAACUCUCUGAUUCAAAAUUUCAAAUUAACAAAACAGAAUCAAUAUCAACAGUAGGAGUUUCAUGUGGUAACAUAGUAUUAGACGCUUUGGAAAUAGGUACAAGUAAGGUAACAGUAACAUAUUUUCACAACGGCAGAGCACUAGAAGAUUCCGUUAGUGUAACUGCGUUUAAAGCUCUAACCAUUAUGGAACCAAAAGCUGAUAUUGUCUUAGCUGUAGGUACAAGUACAAAUAUUAUCUACAUGGGUGGUCCUCGACCUAGUUUAAAACACUCGAAUGAUUUUCACCCUCUUGUGGUUAGUGAUGAUGAAACUAUUGCUACAGUUGAAGAUAUUACAAUGUUGCAUACAAUCGGAGUAGAAUAUACUGUUGUAAGAGUAGUAUGUCUAAAAAUUGGAGAAACAAAUGCUAAAAUGCAGAUACAAAACAAUCAUGUAACUUCAACAAAUUCACAGCUUCAAACUCAUGUCGUACAAACAAGAAUUUCUUGUGCUAACCCAAGAGAAAUUAUUCUGCAACCCGAAAUAAAAGUAGCUGACACAAACAUUUGCCCUUUAGAUUUAGAAUCAAGCUACGUCAUUGUACAUAGUAACACAAGUAUAACUAUUGAUGUUUCAGUUUAUGAUGAGUCAGGCCUUAAGUUUUUAAAUAUAACCAGCUUGUCUCUUGUUUGGAACAUCUAUCCUCCAGGGAGCGCUAAAAUUAAACAACCUGAUGGACUUUUUGAAAAUAAUUUAGAAUUUAGUGGUGUUCCAAUUGCGUUUAGAAUGUAUCAAAUCCUUGAGACAAACAGUGGAUAA